AUGGACGUAGACAGCAGGUUGGACGACGACGCAGCAGCUCGUUUAGCAGAACUAUGGACGGAAGAGCUUUUCAAUCGACUCGUUGAAGAGCUUCGAGCAAGUCGCGGCACGCUAACCAACGACCAGCUUGUUGCGCUCUAUGUUCUGAGUGGCUGCAACGCGGCAACCUUGGAUGCAGCACUGGAACUCGCUGCGAGCGAAUCAAAACGCAUCACGCUGCACUGUACUAAGGCUCAGUGGUUUGCGCUUGUUCGACCAGGUCGACCGCUUUCAGGGGCGCCCUACCUGUGUGAAUCGUGCCCUCUACGCUGUUCGUGUAGCUGUGCGGACAUAUCGUUAUGUAAGCACCUACUGGCGGCAGUUCUUAUUGAGGCGGCGGGACAGGGCGCCUCGGAGGCUCGCUGGAUCCAUUAUAACCGAGUUUCUGACUGGAUAGCCGUGCGUUGUUGUAUCCUGGGGGAAGUCGAGGGCAACGCGUCGUGUUUCAGCGCACCGCGGGCCGAGCAGUGGCGAAGCGCGCACCCUGCAACCAACACAUUUGGUGAGUGA